AUGUCUUGGCUGCUGCAGCGCUGCCAUGCGCGCAACGCGGCGCCCAGCCGCGUGCUGCGCCUCGGGGUCGGGCCGCCGCCAAGCAUCGAGGACGUAGGAGGCAAGGCAGCCGUGCUGCACAAGCUGAAGGCAGCGCAGUCGAAGCACGCGCCCAUUCUCGAGGGCUUCUUGUUCGUACUGAAUCUCGUGGGCGCGCAGCGCUGGCCCUUUCGGCGCCAACACAGAAGCUCUGCACAGGCAGCAGUUCUGAAGGAGAUAAUUAUUCCAGAGGGGAUCGUGAUCACCACCUCUGUUUUCAGGGAGGCCCGGGGCGACAUCUCCAGCGAAGCAGAUCGAGAUACAGACGGCCUGCGUGACCGUGUUCGGCGCGCAGCGCUACCAGAUGACGUUGUCUCAGCAGUUCAAGCGUUCGUGAAGGAAUCCCCCGACGGACGCCGCUUCGCCGUGCGGUCCUCGGGGGUGUUCGAGGACGGCGCCAAGUCCGCCUUCGCAGGACUGUGCGACUCGAAGGUGAACGUCGCGGCUGAUGACAUCGAAGCCGCUGUGCGUGACGUCUGGGCAUCCACGUACAGCCAGGAGACCGUGGAACACGCCAAGCAGCUGGGACUCGACAUCGGCAAGUUGGAAAUGGCCGUGCUUAUCCAGGAGAUGGUGCCAUGCGUUCGUUCAUCGGGAGUCAUCUUCACUCGAGCACCUGAGGGCCCCGUCGAGAACCUUUGCGUAGAGGCCGGCUGGGGCGCGAGCGCCGUCGUGCAUGGAGGCAAGGAGGUAGUUCUUGCUGGCGCUCUGGAGUCAGAAUCCACCAGAACUCCUUGGCACUACGCGAUUGACCGAGGCAGCCAGGACCCGAAGGAUAUCAUCGCGAUGGUCGACGGACACAAGGUGGAAGACGAGCCACCGCAAAGGAUACAGAGGCAGGCGCCGCUGACGAGGCAGCAGCUGCUGCACCUGAGGGAUCACGCGUUGAGGGUGGAGGCGCUGAGAGUCUGCGGACUCGAGGGCGCAAGAUAUCGAGUUUGCAGUGAGCGAAGCUGGCGAAUUGUUCCUCCUGCAGGCGCGCGACGACGUAGCUUACCCUUGGCAGCCUCCAGGCGCAGGCAAGUGGAAGAACACGAACACACCCUGUUUACCUGGAAAGCCCCCGACCAUCUUGUACGCGAAAGCGCUGCUGAAAGGGUUGGAGCGUGGGUUCGAAUUGGAAAAUGCUAA